ACAUUAUUUCUGAAAUGGACAUUACACCUUUAUUUCUUUUGUUUGUCUAAUUGCUCAUGUUAAAAGUUUGUUUCUCUUGCCUAAGGUUUUGCCAGUGAUUGACCUGUAGUAACCUCAAACAGCAGUCAUGGUUUUGAUCCUGGGCCGACGUGUCAACCGGGAGGAUCAGGCGGUCGUACGCGAGUCGCCCGCCAUCAAGCGCAAAGUCUUCGACGUGGACUCCAAGAACCUGGACGACUCCUUCGACUUCUCCUCGGGCCCUUCACACGCCGAGAGCGUGCUGCACGUCUUCGACGAAUUCCGCACGAACCGGCUGUUCACGGACGUGGUGAUCGGCGUGCAGGGCCGCGAGUUCCCCUGCCAUCGCGCCAUGCUCUCCGCCUGCAGCGGCUACUUCCAGGCCAUGUUCUGCAACGACCACCGCGAGAGCCGGCAGACGCUGGUGGAGAUCAGCGGCGUCCAGGCCGAAGCCAUGGAAGUCCUGCUGCAGUACGUGUACACCGGGCAGGCCACCAUCACCACGCAAAACGUGCAGUACCUCUUCGAGACAUCCAACCUGUUUCAGAUAAGCGUCCUCAGGGACGCCUGCGCCAAAUUUCUCGAGGACCAACUGGAUCCCUGCAACUGCCUUGGCAUGCAGAGCUUCGCCGACGCACACUCGCUCAAACAGCUGGCAGGUCGCUGCCGGGUCUAUGCGCUGCAAAACUUCACAGAGGUCGCACAGCAUGAAGAGUUCCUGCACCUGCGGAAGGAGGAGCUGGAGGAGUACAUAGCGAGCGAUGAGCUCUGUGUGAGCCGGGAGGAGGUGGUUUUCGAGGCUAUCAUGAGAUGGGUCUAUCACACCGUUGAUAUCCGCCGACCAAUGCUAAAAGAGCUGCUACAGCAUAUCCGUCUCCCUUUGCUGCACCCUAACUACUUUGUACAGACGGUGGAGGGUGAUCAGCUGAUCCAGAACGCGCCAGAAUGCUACCAGCUGCUGCACGAGGCCCGCCGCUACCAUGUGCUUGGCAAUGAGAUGAUGUCACCACGAACCAGGCCACGCAGAUCAACAGGAUUUUCAGAGGUGAUCGUGGUGGUGGGAGGCUGUGAGAGAGCAGGGGGCUUUAACCUGCCCUACACAGAGUGUUACGACCCCGUCACAGGAGUGUGGAAAUCUCUGGCUAAGCACCCCGAGUUCACAAAGUCAGAGUACGCUGUGUGCGCCCUGCGGAACGACAUCCUCGUCUCGGGCGGCCGCAUCAACAGCAGCUACGUUUGGAUGUACAACUCUCAGCUGAACCUGUGGAUCAAAGUGGCCUCGCUCAACAAGGGACGCUGGAGGCACAAGAUGUCCGUCCUGCUUGGAAAGGCAUACGUGGUUGGAGGAUACGAUGGCCAGUGCUGCCUCAGUAACGUAGAAGUAUACGACUCCUUUUCCAACCGCUGGACGGAGGUGGCUCCCCUAAAGGAGGCUGUGUGUUCAUCAGCUGUGGUCAGCUGUGCAGGAAGACUCUUUGUCAUUGGUGGGGAGCCAGACGAGAACAGCUGCUCCGAUAAGGUGCAAUGCUACGAUCCGGAGGCGAACAGCUGGCUGCUUCGCUCCAGCUUUCCUAUGUGUAAGCGCAACAUCACAGCCGUUUCUCUGAACAGCCUGGUUUAUGCUUGCGGCGGCCUCACCAAGUGCAUCUACUGCUACGAUCCAGUGCAGGACUUCUGGAUGCCUUUGGUCAACACCUUCAGCAGACAGGAGUGUUGCGGCAUGUCCGUGUGUAACGGAAAGGUCUUCAUUCUCGGUGGACGAGGUGAGAACGGCAUGGCAUCAGACAGCAUCCUGUGCUACGACCCCGCAUCCGGCAUCCUGACCGGGGUGGCUGCCAUGCCUCGUCCCAUUUCCUGUCACGGCUGCAUCACCAUACAUCGUUUCGAUGAGAAGCUGCACCGAACCUAAUAGUGCACGCACGCACGCGCACACACACACACACACACACACACACACACAAAAUGGUCUGUCAGAAAGAGUAUCUAGACCAUUUUGUGCCUUUUGUAACAAGCCACGUUUUGUGCCUAAUCAUUCUGUUUCCCUUUUUUUGUUUUUUUUUUCUAUUUCCUCCCUUUAUCUCCUAGUCUAGUCAUAUCCAAUUCCCGAUUUUAAAUUUGCUGCUGCUUGCAAAACCACCGAUCAUGACCCAUACUGCCUCCGACAUGUGUGAUAUCUCCAGACGCUUCUUAUCACUUCCCAAUGUUGGGUUCCCAAACAGAGUCCUAUCGCAUACAGAGAGCCACGCUACACUGGUUCCAACACUCCAAACCAACCCAGAAUUGAAAAAACGGUGGGUAGCACUGUUGCAUCACAGCAAGAAGGUCUUGGGUUCAGUUCCCAGGUGGAGGGUCCCCGGGUCCUUUCCGUAUGGAGUUUGCAUGUUCGCCCUCGGAAGCUCUGAUUUCCUCCACUCCCUUCCCCCCAUGAUGGCCCCAUGAUGCCGAAUCUCAAGUCAAGGUAGAAGAAUAUUGUGGCUGAAUAACCACAGGUCCUGGGUUCGAUUCUCAAAUUACGUCUCCUUAGUAGAGAUUGCAUGUUCUCCUUCGGAAGCUCUGGUUUCCUCCCACAGUCCAAAGACAUGUACAUUAAUUGAAUUGGAGAUUCAAUUGAAUGGAAUAAUUGAAUCAUGGGUAACCUGAAACUACCCGUCCUGUCAUGAAUGUAACCAAAGAGUAAAACAUGACGUAAAAUCCUAAUAAACAGGGCACUCAGGUGGUGCGGUAAACACACUAGCACACCAGAGCUGACAUUUUGAACUUGUUGUUUUGAAUCUCAGCUCUACUAUUCGGCAGGCUGGGUGCCUACAUAAACAACGAUUAUGUUGUUCAUACAGGGUGGGAGCCGGAUGGGAAUCCCUCAUUACUGAUGCAAUUAUCAAGUCAAGUCAAGUCAACUUUAUUUAUAUAGCGCUUUUUACAAUAUACAUUGUCUCAAAGCAACUUUACAAAAUCCAGGACCAACAGAUACAAAAACCCCUGUUGAGCAAGCCGAGGGCGACUGUGGCAAGGAAAAACUCCCUGAAAAUUACAGGAAGAAACCUUGAGAGGAACCAGACUCAACAGGGCCCAUCCUUCUUGGGUGGUCUGGAGGAUACUUUAAAUAAAUACACGAUUUACACAAAUCAUACAAACACAGAAUUGAAUGAUCUAAAAGUCAUACAGUGGUAAUAAAUAGAUAAAUAAACAAUUAAAUAAUAAUAGAGUUGUUAUCCGCUCUAGUCUUCAAUAAAGUCUGUAGUGAUUUCUUGUCGUUGCAAUUACUCCAGACCCGUCACAUCUGACAGGAGCAGCAUCUGUGACCUCUGUUUAUGACCUCUGCUGGCUGACUGAUCAGGGUGUGACUUUCCAUACACAAAGCUGUUUCGCAUAUGAACUCGCCUCAUGCAGGUGAAAAGAUGCAGUUGGUACUGCACACGUGUUGGGAGCACGACUCUCCUAAGUCAGAGUGGAGGUCAACGUCAGUAGAGAGGAAGCAUAAUGCAAUUGGGUAAUUGGAUAUGCUAAAAUUGGGAGAAAAGGGGGGGGGAUGCAUAAACAAACAAAUAAAUUCUAAUAAACAAACAAUGGAAGGCCGCUCAGAUGGCGCAGCGGUAAAAACACACGCUGGAACCAGAGCUGGGAUCUGGAAUACAUCGUAUUGAAUCUCAGCUUUGCCUGUCGGAUGGGCUGAGCGGCCACAUAAACAACGAUUGGCCUGUUGUUCAGAUAAGGGUGGGAUAUUAAAAGCCAGGUAGGGAUUCUCUAAUAACUAAUGCAAUUGUGACCUCUGCUGGCAGAUUGAUGGCGCCUGCACAGAGAUGAGAAAAGAGUCCUCUCAGGGUGUGUCUCUCCGUACAGUGCUGAUCCGCAUUGCACUCGUGAAAGUGUAGGUGACAAAAUGCAUACAACUGCUGCCCACGUGUCGGAGGGGGUGUGGGUUUGCUUCGCUCUCUCCAAUCAGAGCGGGGAUCGGCAUUGGUGGAGAGGAAGCAUGACGCAGUCGGGCAAUUGGACGCGCUAAAAAGGAGAAAAAAAAUCAGCGUUUGAAGACCCCACCCACAUAGUCCGGUCAUCCCACCCUGGCAGACACGGUAGCCAAUUAAAGUCUGCUGCAGGCACUGCCCAUUAUACCUGCUAGAUAGCGCCCAGCUGAACGGUGGCAAUGCCGAGUUUCGAACCGAGGAGUUCAGAAUCUCGGCACUGGUGUGCUAGCGGAAUAUCAUUUCUACCUAUGAUCAUUUCUACCUAUAAUUUAGUUCCUACCUAGUAAAAGUCACUCUUUUUAGGUACUGAUGUAAAUAAUAUUUCAUAAAAGGCACAUCAUUCCUGUUACUUAUUAUACAGUCACUGCUUAUGCAGCACUUUCACUGACUGUACAGGACCAUCAGCGUCAUGGAUCAGCUGCUUUAAGGUUUGCGGAGAUGCACUCAACUUUAACUUCCUUUUUUUUUAUUAUAAUUUUUUACAUUUGCUUUAAUCCAGUGUUUAUUAAUUAGUAGUUAAUCAUAUAAUCCUAUAAAUUAUUGUCUCUUUAUUAUUGUUUUCUCAUAUACGAUAUUAAGUUUUAAGUUUUGUUGUUUUUCUUGUUUUGUAUGUUAUACAACCAUCACUGUCAAACAUUUACAUUUGAUACAUGACAUCUGCCUCUUUAAUCGACACUUGAUCGGUUUUUAUUUACACACGUGUACAAGAGGCACAUAAACUGCAUGCACAGUUCUUCUCAGCACUGUAUUUAGCAGUUACGGUGUUGCCACCGGCUCUGAAUCAGGUGGUUUAUUUGCUGUGAAUCUUUUACCUUUGGUAUUUUUUAUUUUAUUUAAUUGUGUUUCUGUGCCUGUAACCGUCGUGCCUUUUUUGUAUAUUUUAAGGAGCCCCAGUCAUGCACUUAAUGUCAUACAAUGUAUACCUUCAUUAGUGCUAUGAUAUCUCGACGUGCUUCGUGUGUGUAAUUUUAUUAUAUAUUAUUCGCUUCAUUCGUUUUUACUUUAGCGACCUGUGAACUUGGCAUAAGACAAAAUGAAAAAUGUUAUGAUUAAGUACAACCCUGAAUAGCGUUAUGAGUAGCUUUGUGGAGACUGACAGAAUUAAUUGUCUGAUUGUUAUAACAGUAGCGAUGUGACAUUGCGUCACACGAGGUUGCGUGCAUACUGCACACUUGUGUACUAUGCCUUGGAUUUAGUACGUACUGUUUAAGUAUGCGAUUUCGGACGCAGCCAUAGAUCGAUGGAAGUGUACUGGUUAAAUAGAGCACCAUUGUUUCAGAAAAUGUGUUUUGACAAUGGUGGUGAAUUGCCCAGUUUGACACACUGGUAUAACAUGUCCUGGUUUUGGUCUGAAUUGAGGUCUGGUGACUGUGUAGACCGUAGCAUAGGAUUUUUAAUAGAUUUGUAUACUGAUCAGACCAAUAAACUUGUAUUGUUUGGCAGUGUGCUCUCUCUGUAAGGGAUCAAGCAUUCAUACCUGUACCAUUCUUUUGGUGUACUCCACAUUUUUUAAGAUGAAUGUUUUUCUUUGUCAUCUCGAAGAAAGUGGACCUGCUUUCCAUUUCCACGCUUGCCACAGAGCAUUAAUUGUAUCUUUUGUAUCACUUUCCUUAAUGGAAACAUCUGCCUUUAACAUCUGUCCAACUCAAGUGCUUCUAAAACAGGUCCAGCUUGUAUAGGUUGUUUUGAUUGGUGCAUUGUUGUUUUUAAAGAGAAAUACAGUGACAUUGGAUGAUGUAAAUACCAUUAAGAUGUUGGUUACAUCCGUCACAAUCGCAGUGCCAUCUACAUCCUGCACGGCAGCAUUCCUGACGACGAAUAUCCUGAAAAUCAAGUGGCAGUUCGAUUUCUUAAUAAUAUGAUUACAUUAUUUAAGCAGGAACGUGGAACGUGCUGUUGUGCCGUGGUGGUUUUGGCUGCAGGUUAUCAUUCUGUUGCUGAUAUUUAAAGAACACGGGUUCUACAGCGGCUGUGAUUCUGAAUAAUCAACACACACCAAGCACGUUAUUAGGGAAAACCUAUCUGCUACAUACAUUUAAUGUAUUCAGUGGUGUACCUAAUAAAGUGCUUGAUGAGUGUGCACGAUGAUAGAAUGCAUAAGGUCUAUUUUAUUCAUGUGUAAAUAAAAGUGCUCUCACGUUCCGGUUACAUUCUCCAGAUUCCAGGAUGUUUCCAAAAGUAACAAAGGUUUUAAUGUCAGUCACAUUAGUGGGUUUUGAAUUAUGUUUUAUUAUUAUAAUUUUUUACAUUUACAUAUAGCAAAUGAGUGUGUGUGUGUGUAAGAGAGAGAGAGAAAGUCUUGUUUUUUCAGCAACAUUUCUGUAUUUCGCUUGCAGACCUGUUAAUGAAGUCUCAAUAAAGGUUGUUUUUGUACGAA